UUGGACUGGGAUUUGCAUCAUUGGUCCCUCUGGUUCUCAGGCUUGCAGAUACCAGCCUGAACUACACCACUGGCUUUCCUGGGACUGCAGCUUGCAGGCUGCAGAUCGUGGGACUCCUUGGCCUACACAACCACGGAUGGUGCCUUGAGCCCACGGACCCGGACCCGGAUCCACAAAAAGAUUCUCAGAAGGCCUUUGCUGCAUGCCAGCCCGGCCAGGGAAGAGAGUGGACUCCGCACACCCAGCACUUGCCGCCGAGCCUCUUUGGAGCAGGAACACACGCUCCUGUCUCAUCCUAGGCUUCCAGAACCUCUGAGACCUGAGGCCCCCAUCUCUACCUUAUGCGUGCAGGAUCUGGCUAGCCAUGGCCCUCCUCCUCAGCUUCCUGCUGCUGCUGGAGCCGUUGGGGGAUACCUCUGCCCUGGGGCCAUUGUCAUCCACAAAGGGUUCUGAUGGUUUGGAAUUUGAAUUGCCGACCACGAACUAUGAGACCAAAGACUCUUACAAAGCUGGGCCCAUUGGCGGUCUCUUUAAAAUGGUGCAUGUCUUCCUCAGUGUGGUGCAGCCCAAUGCUUUCCCUGAAGAUAUUUUAAGAAAAGUUCUACAAAAGAAGUUCGACUUCUCAACUGAGUAUGAGAAGCCAGAAAAUGUAGUCUUGACUCUGAAGAUUAUCUACUAUGAAAUUGGGAUUAUUAUUUGUGCUGUCCUGGGACUGCUCUUUGUCUUUCUGAUGCCUCUGGUCGGGUUUUGCUUUGGUCUGUGCCGUUGCUGUAACAAGUGUGGUGGAGAAAUGCAUCAGCGGCAGAAGAAAAACGGGACCUUCCUGAGAAAAUACUUUACAGUCUCCCUCCUGGUGAUUUGUAUAUUCAUAAGUGUGGGUAUCAUCUAUGGCUUUGUGGCGAACCACCACCUGAGGACCCAGAUUGAAAAGACUCGGAAGUUGGCAGACAGCAACUUGAAAGACUUGAGAACCUUCCUGAAUGGAACGCCAGCGCAAAUCAACUAUGUGCUAAGCCAGUAUGCAACCACAAAGAAAAAGGCAUUCUCGGAUCUGGAUAAUAUUAAGCCACUGCUAGGAGGUGGAAUUCACGAACAGCUAAGACCCAAAGUCACGCCCGUGCUUGAUGAUAUCAAGUCCAUGGCGGAAGCAAUCAAGGAGACCAGAGAAGCCUUGUUGAAUGUGAACAACACUUUAAAGGAGCUGAAGAGGUCAACUGCACAACUUAACACCAGCCUCAGUGAUGUGAAAAGGAACGUGGAGCAGUCACUCAAUGACCCCAUGUGCUCUGUCCCGCCAGUGGCUACCACUUGCAACAACAUCAGAAUGUCUCUCAACCAGCUGGAGGACAAUACCAACCUGGGUCAGCUCCCAUCUUUGGAUCAGCAAAUUGAUAAUAUCAAUGAUGUUCUUCGAACAGAUUUGUCCAGCCUGGUCCAACAGGGCUAUAAAUCCUUUAAUGAUAUUCCUGAGAUGGUGCAAAAUCAAACCACAGACAUCAUAUCAGAUAUCAAAAGUUCCUUGAAUUCCCUUGGUUCAAAUAUUAAAAAUAUAGGCGAGCAGAUUCCAAUACAGGAUAAGCUGUCCAAUUUCAUGGGUUACAUUAAUGACACCGAAACUUACAUCCACCAAAAUUUAAUCACGUUGGAGGAGUAUGAUUCGUACAGGUGGCUGGGUGGCCUGGUUGUCUGCUGUUUGCUGACACUCGUGGUGGUUUUUUAUUACCUGGGCUUGAUGUGUGGCACGUGUGGCUAUGACCGCCAUUCCACCCCAACUGAACGAGGCUGCAUCUCGAACACUGGGGGCAUCUUCCUCAUGGUCGGGGUUGGAGUCAGUUUCCUCUUUUGUUGGAUACUGAUGACCAUCGUCGUUCUCACGUUUGUCAUUGGAGGAAAUAUGGAAAAACUGGUUUGUGAGCCAUAUCAAAACGGGAAGUUAUUCCAGAUUUUGGACACACCAUAUUUAUUAAAUGAGAAUUGGAAAUACUAUCUCUCUGGCAUGGUGUUUAACAACCCGGACAUUAAUCUCACUUUUGAACAAGUUUACAGCGAUUGCAAAGAAAAUAAGGGCAUCUAUACCACGCUUAAGCUUGAGAAUAGCUACAAUAUCAGUGAGCAUCUCAACAUUCAGGAGCAUGCUGGAAACAUAAGCAAUGAUUUUAAAAAUCUGAAUGUAAAUAUUGACAAUAUUGUGCUGCUGGACGCCGCAGGGAGAGAAAACCUGAUGAACUUCAGCUCUUCGGGCAUAGACACCAUAGACUAUAACGUCUACUUGGCUGAGAUGGGUAAAGCUCCCACCAAAGUGAAUCUUUUAGCCUUUGCAAGUGAUCUAGAAGCAAAAGCUGACCAUUUGCCCCAAGGAAGUUUGAAACAGUCCCUGAAAAAUAAUGCACAAACUAUUAGAACAGUUCACCGUGGCCAAGUCAUUCCUUUGGAACAGUCAAUGAAAUAUGGAAAGGCAAGGAGCACCAUCUACCAAAGCAUCAAGGAACUUCAACUCAAAAGCAGUGGAUUGAGGGUGAAAGUGGCCAAUAUCCUUUCCUCUCUGGAUUCUGCUCAGGACUUCCUCAAAACUCGCAUCUCCUCAGUUAUUGUUGAAGAAAGUACAAAGUACGGGAACACGAUAAUAGGAUACUUUGAACACUAUCUGCAGUGGGUCAAGAUCUCUAUUACUGAGCAAAUUGCAGCCUGCAAACCCGUGGCCACCGCUUUAGACUCUGCCGUGAAUGUCUUUCUGUGUAGCUACAUUAUUGACCCCAUGAAUUUGUUCUGGUUUGGCAUAGGGAAAGCCACUGUCUUUUUACUCCCCGCCAUCAUUUUCGCUGUGAAGCUGGCCAAGUACUAUCGUCGAAUGGACUCUGAGGACGUGUACGAUGAUAUGGAAAAUGGUAAUAUUGGUUUUCAUAGACAUCAUUCCACUCAGACUGUAUGAACAAAGUUUUUAAACAGACCCAACGGCACGAGUUCUUGACCUACAGCGCCUCCAAAGUCUGGAAAAGAAACCCUUCCCUCCCGGAGUUUACAGAGUUCAGUGAUUUUAUAUGCAACAUGCGCUCACGCGCCAAAGAGUGAAAAACCGUGUACACCUGUUUUUUAUUAAUCUCUAGAAGUUUUGCUUUAAUCAUCUGAGCCUUUGAUGAAAAUUUCAAUAUGUAAUACCUUCAUUGGAUUUCCAGGUUAGCUUUGAGAGCAAGGUGUGAAUUAUGUCCCACUUCCUUCCUUGGGAACUUAGACUUGUAGUUAGAGAACGUUCAGCAAGUCUCAGAUGUGUGUGUGUGUGUGAACAAUAAAAGAAUGAUUUUGGAAA